UCCACAGAUAAACAGCAGACCCGAGGAGAUCCCACAACAGGUGUCAGAGUUUCAGACUGCUGAAAAUAUGGGACGAAAGAAAAUACAAAUUUCUCGUAUUCUGGACCAAAGGAAUAGACAGGUGACUUUCACUAAGCGAAAGUUUGGUUUGAUGAAAAAAGCGUAUGAGCUGAGCGUGCUGUGCGACUGUGAGAUCGCCCUCAUCAUCUUCAACAGCACCAAUCGUCUGUUCCAGUACGCCAGCACAGACAUGGAUAAAGUUCUGCUCAAAUACACCGAGUACAGCGAGCCGCAUGAGAGCCGCACCAACACGGACAUACUGGAGACUCUCCGUAGGAAAGGCCUCGGCCUUGACGGCUCUGAGCUCGACAGUGAGGAGAGCAUGCAGGUGGCCGCAGAAAAAUAUCCUCUGAACGAGGGCAUGGAUCUCACUGUGGCUCGCCAGCGCUUCUAUCCUCCGUCACUGCUCACACCAGAGGCCCAGUUCCUGGUGUCUACAGGUGUAGAGAACGGCUUUGCCAACACCUCUGGAUCCAGCAUGGCCUCCCACAGACCCCCAGGCUUUAAACCUCUAGGAUCCAGACCCAGCUCUGCCAGCCCUGCUGCACCGCACACACACACCGCAUUCAUGUCUCCACACACAGGCAUUGGCUACUCCGUGCUCUCCCAUGGCAACCUGAAUCGCGCCCUGGAGAUGAAGAGCCCUCCUCCUCUGACCCUGGGUGGGGACAGCCUGCGGGGGGACGCUGCUAACCAGGGCAUGGGGGCCACACGCGCCAACCACAACUCUGCUAGGGGCCUCUUGUACCAGGGCUUACACUCUGGCAGCUCCAUGGUGGCCAUGGGCAAGACUGGGCUCCUGGGCCACGGUCUGGGGGGAUACAGCCUCCCCUCCCCAGCAGCAUCUGAGUACAGCCCGCCUGGGUUUUAUCACUCCGUCAGCUUACAGCGAGGAGCCAUGAACCCAUGGCAACCAGCACAGCCGCCCCAGGACACCCACGGGAGUCAUAUAAGCCAAGGGAUGUCCAGUGGGGGGUGCUCCUUCCCCUCCCAAAGCUGCUCCUCAACCUCUCCACAUCUGCCCUCCCUCAACCUUAGCAUCAAAUCAGAGCGCAGUUCUCCAGAGCACAUGUCCUCCCCCACCUCCCCUCCUCUACACCACCUCAGGCAGCAUUCACCAAUGAGCAACCCCGAUGCGGCUCGCCACAGCCCUCCAGAAACCCGUUCAGCCAAUGAGGCGAAGGAGUUUCCCAAAGCCGGCUACCCGCAAGACGAGGAGGAGCCACUCAGGCAGCUAGAGAUAAGUGAUGGGUGGCAGAGAUAGCUUUGACCGCCCUCGUCCCACCCCGGCAUCUUCCAAUCAUCCAUCAAUACCCGUGCUCUCCAACACACACGUAAAAGUAACACAUCACAAUAUGAUAGUACUAUGAUGGGGUCGAUCUGUCCCCCAACAUCCAGGUGUGUGUGGACUUUGUCUCAUCACACAGAGCUGGUCUCUCCUGGGCAGUAAAGAAUUUCCUCUGCAUCAUGUGAUCGAUCCUCUGAUGAGAUAACAUGUAUACAGAUAUCAGAUUUUUUUUGUUUUGUUUUGUUUUGUUGUGUGUGGAGCUAAUGUGAAUGGAAUGAAAUUUGGAUUGUGUUAGUUUAGUUCUGUGACAUCACCGAAGUUAGUGACAGCAGCACAGCGGGACCAUCUGGAGUUGUCCAGUUGACUAAAACCCAAAAUAUUGUAGAUUUUUGGCUUCACAACCUGUAAAAUUACCCCAAACAGGUUACUUUUACUUCUAAAUAUGACCUCAGAGAGUAACAGUAAGGCGUGUUCAAUUCAUUUUUUAACCAGAUGCAGUGAAAAAAUAUCUCAAAUCACAGUAAACCACUGUGAUGUACUAUACGGCAUAAAUGACAAAUUCCUGUAUUGUACUUUAAUUUUUGACAUAAAUAAGAAAAUGUGUCUAUAACAAGAUUUGAGUUUUCUUGGCAUCAGAGAGUCUCAGGGAUUCGUUCUGUGCUUUUUAGUAAGACUACAGUUGUUAAUAAGCUAAGCUUUAAUUAUUCCUCCAAAUUAUGGUCAGUUUAAUCCAUUUAUUUACCCAAUAAAAAAUAUUGACAGCCUAAAUGAUGACCAAAGUGUUUAAUCUUCAUCAAUAUGCAAUGCACUCAAAUACUGCAACAGCCAAAGACGUUUUUGCCUAUGUAUGAUUAAAUUUGAUUUCAAAAGUUAAAUAUUAAUUAUAUUUUUUUCAUACACAACACUUUUUACCAACAGCUUUACUUAGUGAACACAUUUUAUAGAUAUUACUGUGUUAUGAUAUUUAGAUGGUGAUACAGGAUGUUUUAUUUAAAGCCACAAAAUAAACAUUUUACUGAGUCAUAUCUGCUUUAGUUCUGUUCAUAUUCUUUUACAACCAAAGCCCCAGGAAAACAUAAAUGUAUGUCAUUGAAUGCAGCCUGGCCAAAAAAAAAGUCCCCACCUGGAUUUAAGUAAGAAAAUAGUUUAGACUCUUCCACUGGAUAAUAACUGCUGUGAUGAAUAUGUUUCACCAAUAAAUUGUUUCACUCAAACUGAUGCAGUAGCUUCACAUUUCUUAAACAACCAUCAGUGUGAUAGAGGGACUAAAGAUUGGACUGUAUUUCAAUGGAAAAAGGUCAUGUGGUCUGAUGAGUCCAUAAUGACCCUGUUCUAGAGUGAUGGACGAAUCAGAGUGGAGAGAGGUGAAUGAAGUGAUUACCCAUCAUUAGUGGCGACUCGUCAAUAGAGGGCGCUGCCCCC